UUUCAAUACAAAAUUUUUACCUUAUUAAAGUAGACGUUCAUUAUGCAUUUGAAAUUUGCGUGGUUUCCAUAUAUAUUUUUCUUCAUUGCACCUGCUGUCCUUGCCCAAAUAGUACCGUGUCCACUGAAGUACAAAUGUCACAUAAAGGAAGAUCCAGUUUGGGGAAGCGAAAAUCGAAGAUGCCACAUUUUCCUCAAUAAAUGUUUUCUCGCAAAUGAAAAUUGUGAACGCAUGAAUAAUCAUUUGCCAAUGCUGAAACUGGAAAAUCAGACGGUCUGCCAACAAAAGUGUCCUCAAUUUUGUCCAGACAUAGUUGCACCCGUAUGCGCCAUUUAUAGGGGACUUCUGCAAACCUUCUCAAACCAAUGUCUUCUCGAUAAACAAGCUUGUGAAGCAGCAAAACCGUGGCAUUAUCUCUUUGCGGGUGACUGUGAUUAUAUUUUCUCAGUUGAGGAAAAGAAAAUUAUAUAGGCAGUUAGAAGACUAUGUUACAAAAGGCAUAUUUAUCUACUUAUAACUGAAUAAUAAUUACAAAUACCGAAUAUUGUGUGUUGGAAAUUAUAAUCUGUAAUGUUGGCAGCUGAGGGUGAGGGUCGAUCAUAUUCCUUCCAAAAUCAUAACUAAAAAAUGAGCUUCGGUGAAGUUCUUUAUUCGAAAUUAUAUGAAAAUUCACUGGUGUAUAAAAUUCAAUUUUAAAUACAGAACAA